AUGUUCGCGUUUCUCAGACAAGUAAUGGAAGAAAAAUGUGCAAUCCUUCAACUCGAAACGAUACCGGACGAACCCGUUACAAGUAUGAAAAUUAGUAAGAAAUUUUUGGAUCUUCUGCAUUUGUCAUUUGAAAUAAAGUACAUGGAUGAAGACAUUGCACUAGCCAAGAAAAGAAAUCAAAGCAAAGAAAAGAAAAGAAUUAAAGCGAUAAAGGAGAGAAUGGAUCUAUUAUAUUCUAAUGUAAUCGAAGUUUUAACGGAUCAAAAAUUUGACGAUAUUGUUGCUUUAGCGGCAACUUAUUGCAACAUAGGCUUACAAUAUGCUCAUUCUACAGAACUUGACGAUUUAAAUCACGCUAUAGAAUGUUUUAUAAGAUGUUUGGAACUGUUGAAAGGGAAACGGAAUGACCGUAAAGCUAUAUUGACAUCUUUAAAUGCAAUUAACCAAUUGAGUUUAGUUUCUGAGAAAGCCAACAAAGAGGUGUUGUGGCGUGCGGCAUUUAGUCUAUAUUUGGAACACAAAUUGAGUAAAACUAAUCCCAUCCACAUAGCAAGUUUUGUUGGUAUUAAAGAAAAAGAAUCAAAUCCCUCGAUUAUCUUGAACACUUUGCAUCAUACAACGUUACAGGGCUUAGGACUUGAAUAUCUUAAGAGGCCGUAUUUGAAAGAUAUGUACGGAUUUGUACUGUAUGUGGAAAGCAUGUUAAACAAACGACUGAAAGACAUAUUGCAAAUGGUCAUUUUGUUAAAGCUAAAAAUUACAUUGCCAUUGCAGAUUAUGUAA